AUGCCUGACGUACUCGGAGCUGUCACCGGCGUCAUUGGUGCGUGUGAUGUUAUCGCACGUGCAACACUAAAGAGCCUCGAGUACAUCUCAGAAGUAAAGGCCGCUCCAAAACAUUUGGAGCGCCUGAAAGACGAAUUGGAGACACUGGAGUCUGUAACCUCUGCACUACGAGGUUUUCUCAAGUCUGCACGCGUUGCGAGAAUUGGCUUCACCGAAUCAUGUCCAAUAUUCAUCUUCGUCGACAAGUGCAAAGACCACGUUGUCGAGCUCGAACAAUACUUCGCAGAGAAGAAAACACAGUCACGUCUUCUUUGGCCUCUUGACGCGAAACCGGGACUCGAGAAGCGACUAGAAGGGAUACAGAAGUUCGUCAACCUCUUUCAUCUAGCAUUGAGCGUCAACGGCUGGUCCUACUUCUGCAAAGAGGCUGAGGAGGCGGGCAAGAUGUUGAAGCAGGAGUUGGAUGAGUGGAAAGAGGUCAGAAAGACGCUACAACCGUUAAAUAACAUGUCCGAGGAUCUCCAGCACAUCCGUUCACACUGCAGGGUGAUCGAAGCAGGAUUAGAACUAUUGAGAGAUUCCACAGCUCCAAAGCUCGAAGAGAUCAAGGUUCAUCUACAGGCGCAUCUUGAUAAGGAAUCUAUGGAAGAGCGAAAGCGGUCACAUAACGAGCUUCUGAACUGGCUUUCAGCAGAUGAUUUGCUUGUGAAGCAUCGUCAGGUCCUGGGCACACGCCAAAAGGGUACUGGCGGAUGGUCAGAACAGAUGUUACGAGAGACAGAUUGGCUCUACAAGCAAUCCUCUAGGACUCUGUGGUGCCAUGGCAUUCCCGGAUGCGGAAAGACUGUCAUUUUCUCGACUAUACUCGAGCACAUCAAGGCUCAGUCCGAUCCAAAGUGUACUUUAGUCGCAGCAAUCUAUCUCGACUACAAAGACCAGAGGUUCCACGAUUUGAGGUCCGUUCUGGCGGCACUUACAAGACAACUGAUCGAGUCUUCACUCGAUGCCGAGCGGUUAGUAGAACUAGUGCGGCCCACGAAAGACACAUGCACAGUGCGUGGUCAAUCGGCGCCAAACGUUUCCGACUUGGAUGGACUGCUACUUUGCAUCGAGGACCUUGGAUACUCAUUUAUCCUAUGUUUCGACGCCCUUGACGAGAUCUCCGAGCCGGUUCAGCAUGAGUUACUAAGUUGGCUGUCCUGUACCUCCGCACAUCGCUCACUGAAGACAUUGCUCAUGUCUAGAAGCAACAUCAAGGUCCGACCAUGGGGGAGCAUCUUUCUCGAACAUAGGAUUAUCGCUACGGUGGAGGAUUUACGCACAUACCUGGAGGCUCGAGUUUCUGACACCAAAUCCGAAGACCUUCGUGAGAUCCUGGCUCGCCGGCCCUUGAUAAAAGAAGAGAUCGUGUCUAAAAUCAUAUCUCGGUCUGAUGGCAUGUUCCUUCUAGCGAGCCUACACUUCACCUCACUCGAGGAUGCCUUAUCAGAGCGCGAGGUUCGUGAUCUACUGCAUGGUACAUCUGAUCAAGUGAUUGACCACUACGAUGUCUAUCUGAGAAGAAUACAAUCACAACGACAGAGUCAGUUGGCAUUGAAGGCUAUCUCGUGGGUACAUUUGGCUCGUCGUCCAUUGACCGCUCCUGAGCUCCUUGAAGCUAUAGCCAUUCGGGCACAUGAUACAGAUCUGGACAGAACGGGCAUGAUAACGAUCGAGCGACUACUGAGUAUGACUGGGGGCCUACUAGUGUAUGAGUCAGAAUCACAACACGUGCGACUUGUGCACGAAACCUUGCAGGCGUACCUACACGGCGCGAAAGGAGCAGCUCUUCUCAACACCCAUCUUUCCGUAGCAGAGGUAUUAGAAGCGUAUCUGUGCUUUGGAGUCUUUGACUCCCAGCUUCCUGUCUCGACAGCUAGUAGUUGGGCAGAUAUCAGUUCUCUAUGUCGAACGCAUAGGCUACUCGACUACGCGAUGCGUGACUGGGGCUACCAUGUUUGCAAAGCAAAGUUUCGGGCUACGUCGGUCGGCCUCAAGAUCGCGGAAAGGAUCGCUGGAAGUCCUAUACUUGUGGCUCUCAUCAAGUUUCUUGGACUUCUACCACACCCACUAAUCGAUGGUGAAGGCUUCUUGACAAUACAUGUUGCAGCCCUACUGCAAUGUCCCCCUGUUGUCCUACAUUGUGUGCAAAAGCAUCUCGCUGUAGCGGAACAUAGCUACUCGAGCCUCGACAAGCCAAAUUCGAUGGGUUUGACUCCUCUUCAUCUUGCUUCCAUGGUCGACAACCUGGAGGCGGUGCAAGACCUGGUCAAGCACGGAGCUUCUGUUGCUGCAAAAGAUCGCAACGAUCGGACGUGUGUAUACUGGGCCGCAUACUGUGCUAGUACUAAAGUACUGCAGUAUUUACUCACACGCGAGGAAGUCAGUCAAUUGGAUUUGCUCAACGUCGCAGACGUUGAUCGUGUGACGCCUUUACACAUUGCCAUAAGGCGGGGUCACGCGAAAGUAGCGGAGACUCUUGUGAAUGGCGGUGCCGUACAGAAUAACCUUACAAGCGCAGAACAAACCCCUCUUCAUUAUGCUGUGCAGCAUCUCCCUCAGCUUACCGGACUACUUCUUAGAGGUGGAACGCACAUUGAGCAGGCUUCUAACAACGGUCGCACUUGCCUUGCUUGGGCUUGUGUUCUGGGCGACGAAAGUUGUCUCCGGAUUCUGCUCGAGGGGGGCGCAAAGAUACAAGUCAAAGACAAGGAAGGUGCGACACCACUUCACAUCCUAAUGGAAUCGACCAGAGAUCCAGUGGGAGCUACUAAGCUAUUGUUGCACUACGGAGCCAACCCCUACACUCAGGACAAUGCCGGUCAGACGCCAAUUCUUAUUGCGCUGCGCCAAAAGCGUUUCCUUGCUGCGGAAUGCCUCUUGUCCCAGCAAGCCACACCAAGUCAAGAUUGUGAUGCUAAGAUACUGUUGCUAAGAGAAGCUAGUCAUCAAUCCGAUUGUCCUGAGGUUAUUUGGAAUCAACUCGGAGAUGUCAACGUACAGAACGAUUGUGGGCAAAGCGCUUUGCAUUUGGCUGCGAUCGAUCAGAAAGUUACACAAAUCAGGAAUCUUCACGACCACGGAGCAGACCUCGAAUUGAGAGACAUGACUGGGCAGUGUCCGCUCCAGAUUGCAGUUCGCCAUUCCGUCAAGAGACGACACGUCUCACACAUCAAGCACUCGGAAGGCGAUGUUGUGAGUGCCUUGCUGGCACGUGGUGCAUCCGUGCUAUCCCAAGCCUACUCUGUUAUCUUCCUCUUGAGGCACGCGAUCCUGACCUGGAUCGGCGGUGGCUGA